AUGGAUACUAAGGACAGACGGCAGCAGCAGCAGCAACAGCGCUCGCUCUCACGAGGCAGCUUCCGGCGGGAGCGGCACUAUGCCACGUCCGGCCCGGAUGCGGACGAGUGCUGCCUGGGCUCGCCAAAGGCGUACGGCGGCGGCGAGACGUUGAAGGCCUACGAGCAGGAGACGCGGCUGAGAUACGGCGGGUGCGUGGCUGAGCUCGUGCGUCACGAGAGGGAGGAGUAUGUGCGACAGGGUGACAACUUCACCUUGGCUGAUUUGGGCUUGUGCGACCCGCCGUCCCAGUCCAGAACAUUCCACUCGGACCUGACCCAGGUGCAGCAUGGGCACGGCUAUGCCUGCGGCCUCGGCGCCGCCUCCGACAACGAGUCAGACCCGGACGAGGCCAUGACACCAGAGCGGGCCGUGCGGCUGUGGAGCGGAGGCGGCCUGAAGUCACGCUGCAGCUCGGGCCUCUCUAGCCGUGAGAACUCUGCCCUCACCCUCACCGACUCCGACCGCGAGCACAACAAGUCUGACGACGAGUCCGGCCGCCCCCUCCCUCCCACACCUGCCUCCAACCUGCUCCCCCCAGCUCCACCUCCUCCGGGCGGCUCCCCCCACCCCUCCACGUGCCAGGUGCCCCUCCUGGACGGAGGCUCCGCUCACCACCACGGCAUGCUGGACCACCCGGCCGACGACGAGUUCUCCCCAAACUCCUACCUGCUGCAGGCCUGCGCCGCCUCAUCCUCCUCCUCCUCCUCACACCCCCCCGCAGCGGGUCCAUCCAGCCACCACGGCCAGUCCACCACACUGCGCCCGCCCCUGCCGCCCCCCCACAGCAGCCACCACCAGUCCUCUGCCAGCACCCUGAACCGCGGCAGCACGCACCCCAACCGCCGCGCAGCGGGGGCCCAUGCUCACCAGCACCAGCACCAGGGGGCCGGGGGUGGAGCCGGGGACGGGCCCUCCACGCCCGAGUCCGUACAGCUCCAGGACAGCUGGGCACUCAACAGCAACGUGCCGCUAGAGACGCGGCACUUCUUGUUCAAGACUCCAUCGGGCACCACCCCGCUGUUCAGCAGCUCGUCCCCGGGCUACCCCCUGACGUCGGGCACGGUCUACUCGCCGCCACCCCGGCUGCUGCCCCGCAACACCUUCUCCCGGAGCUCCUUCAAGCUCAAGAAGCCCUCCAAGUACUGCAGCUGGAAGUGCGCCGCCGUCUCGGCCAUCGCAGCCGCCAUACUGCUGGCCGGCCUACUGUCCUACUUCAUAGCCCUGAACCUGCUGGGCCUGAACUGGCAGCUGAAGCGCUCAGAUGGACACCUGGUCAGCACCCGCAUCAGCACCACCAUCACCGGCCUCACCGGAGACGUGGCCACAGCGCCCUCCGGAGCCAGAGGUCCAUGGAUGUUCAGGAACAGCAGCAUCACCAUGGGGGAGUUGGAGGUGGGCCGGCGGGUGAACCAGGAGGUUCCCCCGGGGGUCUUCUGGAGGUCCCUGCUCCACCUGCGCCAGCCCCUCUUCCUCAAGUUCAACAUCUCGCUGGGCAAGGAUGCCCUGUUUGGGGUCUACAUCCGUAAAGGCCUGCCCCCCUCUCAUGCCCAGUACGACUACAUGGAGCGCCUGGACGGCAAGGAGAAGUGGAGCGUGGUGGAGUCCCCCCGCGAGCGCCGCAGCAUCCAGACGGUGGUCCUGAACGAGGCCGUGUUCGUGCGCUACCUGGACCCCGGCACCUGGCACCUGGCCUUCUACAACGACGGCAAGGAGAAGGAGGCCGUGUCUUUCAGCACCGUGGCACUAGACUCUGUGCAGGAGUGUCCUCAGAAGUGCCACGGUAAUGGUGAAUGUAUAUCGGGAGUUUGCCACUGCUUCCCUGGGUUCCACGGCACUGACUGCUCUAAAGCGGCGUGCCCCGUGCUGUGUAGCGGUAAUGGCCAGUACAACAAGGGCACGUGUAUCUGCUACAACAACUGGAAGGGGCCGGAGUGUGACGUUCCCGUGGGCCAGUGCCUGGACCCCGACUGCAGCGGACACGGCACGUGUACCGACGGAGCCUGCAUCUGCUCUGCUGGAUACCGAGGGGACAGCUGCAGAGAAGUGGACUGCGUGGAUCCCAAGUGCUCGGGCCAUGGCACCUGUUUGAACGGGCAGUGCCACUGCAAGGUGGGCUGGGGCGGAGUGCUGUGCGACGCGCCCAGGGCCCAGUGCCCGGAUCAGUGCCACGGCCAUGGCACCUACCUGCCCGACAGCGGCAUCUGCAGCUGCGACCCCAACUGGAUGGGCCCGGACUGCUCUACAGAGGUGUGUUCGGCAGACUGCGGUACCCACGGCGUGUGUGUGGGCGGCGUGUGCCACUGUGAGGAGGGCUGGACGGGGGUGAGCUGUGACCAGCGCGUCUGCAGCCCCCAGUGCGUGCGGCACGGCACCUGCCGCGAUGGGAAGUGCCAGUGUCAGCAGGGCUGGAACGGAGAGCACUGCUCCAUCGACGGGUGCCCGGGCCUGUGCAACAGUAACGGCCAGUGCACGCUGGUGCAGAACAGCUGGCGCUGCGAGUGCCACACCGGCUGGAGGGGACCCGGCUGCAGCGUUGCCAUGGAGAUCUCCUGCUCCGACAACAAGGACAACGAGGGAGAUGGCCUGACAGACUGCAUGGACCCCGACUGCUGUUCCCACAGCGUGUGUGCCUCCAACCCCCUGUGCCGCGGGGCCCCAGACCCCCUCCUGGUGCUCCAGCAGGCGGGGCCUUCUCCCCAGCCGGGCCCAGGUCCCCAGAGGCUGCCAAGCUCCUUCUACCAGCGCGUCAGGAUGCUGGUGGGCAAGGACGCCACGCACACCUUGCCGGGAGCCAACCCAUUCAACGCCAGCCUGGCGUCCUUGAUACGUGGGCAGGUGCUGACCACAGAUGGGACUCCUCUCGUGGGUGUGAACGUGACAUUUGUCAAGUAUCCGCAGUAUGGCUACACCAUGACGCGACAGGACGGCAUGUUUGACCUGGUGGCUAACGGUGGCGGCGCGGUUACCUUGCGUUUCGACCGCGCCCCCUUCCUGAGCCAGGAGCGCACCGUCUGGUUGCCGUGGAACCGCUUCUUCGCCAUGGACACGCUGGUGCUGAAGACGGAGGAGAACACCUUCCCCAGCUGCGACCUGAGCGGCUUCGUGCGGCCCGACCCCGUGGUGGUGGCAUCCCCACUCUCAGCCUUCUUCAGCUCCGACCCGGCCGAGAGGCACAUCAUCCCCGAAACACAGGUCCUCCAUGAGCAGGUGGAGAUCCCCGGCACGCGUCUGCAGCUGCGCUACCUGAGCUCCAGGGCGGCGGGCUACCGCUCCCUACUCAAGGUGACCAUGACCCAGGCCCUGGUGCCCCUCAGCCUCUCCAAGGUGCACCUGAUGGUGGCCGUGGAGGGCCACCUCUUCCAGAAGUGGUUCCACGCCUCGGCCAACCUGGCCUACACCUACGUCUGGGACAAGAGCGACGCCUACGGACAAAGGGUGUACGGCCUGGCCGAUUGCGUCGUGUCAGUGGGUUUCGAGUAUGAGACGUGUCCUAGCCAGGUGCUGUGGGAGAAGAGGACGGCCGUGCUGCAGGGCUACGAGCUGGUGCCCGCCAACCUGGGCGGCUGGUCCAUCGACAAACACCACGUCCUCAAUGUGGCCAGCGGCAUCCUGCAUAAGGGCAGUGGUGAGAACGUCUUCAUCUCCCAGCAGCAGCCCCCGGUGAUGGCCACGGUGAUGGGUAACGGGCGGCGGCGGAGCCUGGCGUGCCCCAGCUGCAGUGGGGUGGCGGAGGGCAGCAAGCUGCUGGCCCCCGUGGCUCUGGCCUGCGACGCCGACGGAAACCUCUACGUGGGAGACAUGAACUUCGUACGCCGCAUCUACCCCUCGCUCAAUACGUCCGCCGUGCUGGAGCUCAGAAACAAGGACUUAAGGCACGGCAACAGCCCGACCCACAAGUACUACCUGGCGUCGGACCCGGUCAGCAAGGCGCUGUACGUGUCGGACACCAACUCGCGGCAGAUCCUGCGGGUGCAGUCCACCAGUGGUGUGCGGGCGCCGCUGGAGAAUGCCCAGGUGGUGGCGGGCACAGGGGAGCAGUGUGUGCCCUUCGACGAGGCCCGCUGUGGGGACGGCGGCAAAGCUGUGGAGGCCACCCUCAUGAGCCCCCGAGGCAUUGCGGUGGACAAGAAGGGCCUGAUGUACUUUGUGGACGCCACCAUGAUCCGCAAGGUGGACCAGAACGGCAUCAUCUCCACCCUGAUCAAGGCCAACGACCUCACGGCCGUCAGGCCCCUCAGCUGCGACGCCAGCAUGGACAUCAGUCAGGUGCGUCUGGAGUGGCCCACAGACCUGGCGGUGAACCCCAUGGACAACUCCCUGUAUGUGCUGGAGAACAACAUUAUCCUGCGCAUCACUGAGAACCACCAGGUGAGCAUCAUGGCGGGGCGGCCCAUGCACUGCCAGGUCCCGGGCAUCGACUACUCCCUGAGCAAGCUGGCCAUCCACGCCGCGCUGGAGAGUGCCACAGCCAUCGCCCUGUCCCACGACGGCGUGCUCUACAUCGCCGAGACAGAUGAGAAGCGCAUCAACCGCGUGCGGCAGGUGAGCGCUAGCGGCGAGAUCUCACUGCUAGCCGGCGCGCCCUCCGAGUGCGACUGCAAGAACGACGUCAACUGCAACUGUUUCGCCGGUGACGACGGGUUCGCGGCGGACGCGGGGUUAAACGCGCCCACCUCUCUGGCCACCUCGCCUGACGGCACUCUCUUCAUCGCCGACCUCAACAACAUCCGCGUGCGCGCCGUGCGCCGCAACCGGCCACCGCUCAACGCCGCGGGCCAGUUCGAGGUGGGCUCUCCGCACGAGCAGGAGCUGUUUGUGUUCGACAGGGACGGCUCGCACCGGCAGACCGUCAGCCUGGUGACCGGCCAGGUGCUGUUCAACUUCAGCUACGCACCCGACGGGGAGCUGGCCGCCGUCACGGACAGCGCCAACAACACGCUGCGGAUCCGCAGGGACGUAGCCGGGGCACUCAGGCUGGUGUUGCUGCCAGAGAACCAGGUGGUGAGCCUGGGCCUGGACCCCGCCGGGGGCCUGCGUUCCAUCUCGGCCCUCAACCAGGAGGUGGCGCUGCUGAGUUACGCCGCCAACACGGGACUGCUGACCUCCAAGGUGGACGAGACCGGCUGGACCAACUUCUACGAAUAUGACGGCGAGGGCUGGCUGACCAAUGUCACGUACCCCACGGGGAUGGUGACGAGCCUGCACCGCGAGAUGGAGCAAUCCAUCAACAUCGACAUCGAGAGCUCCAACAGGGACGACGACGUCACUGUCAUCACCAAUUUGUCAUCGGUGGAGGCCUCGUACACCGUGGUGCAAGACCAAGUGCGCCACACCUUCCAGCUGUGCUACAACGGCACCCUGCGCGUGUCCUACGCCAACGGGAUGGGCAUGAGCUUCCUGACGGAGCCGCACGUCCUGGCGGGCGCGGUGAGCCCCAGCAUCUGGCGCCGCAACAUCUCGCUGCCCACCGACAGCGGCCUCAACUCCAUCGAGUGGCGCAUGCGGCGCGAGCCCACCAAGGGUCGCGUCACCAUCUUCGGACGCAAGCUGCGGGCCCACAAUCGCAACCUGAUCUCCAUCGACUUCGAUCGCAACACGCGCACGGAGAAGGUGUACGACGACCACCGCAAGUUCACGCUCCGCAUCAUCUACGACACGCACGGCCGACCGGCCACCUGGCUCCCCGGCAGCAGCCUGGCACUGGUGAACGUCACCUACGCCCCUAGUGGCCGGCUGCUGGGACUACAGCGUGGCUCCAUGAGUGAGAAGAGGGACUACGACACCUUCGGACGCAUCCUCUCACGCAACUUCGUCGACGGCAAGGUCUGGAGCUUCAGCUACCUGGACAAGUCGAUGGUCCUCCUCCUCCAGCAGAGCCAGAAGCAGUACGUGUUUGAGUUCGACAAGUCGGGCCGCAUCACCUCGGUCACCAUGCCCAGCAUGGCCAAGCACACCAUGUCCACGCACGUGUCGGUGGGCUACAUCCGCAACACGUACAGCCCGCCCGAGAGCAAUGCCUCCGUCAUCCACGACUUCAGCGAGGACGGCCGGCCCUGCGCCACCUUCUACCUGGGCACGGGCCGCCGCGUCCUCUACCGGUACGGCAAGCUGGGCAAGCUGUCCGAGGUGCUCUACGACAGCACAUCCGUCACGUUCGGCUACGACGACACCAGCGGCGUGCUCAAGAUGGUGAAUCUACAGAGCGGAGGGUUCUCGUGCACGAUACGCUAUCGCAAACUGGGCCCCCUGGUGGACAAGCAGAUGUACCGCUUCUCGGAGGAAGGCAUGGUGAAUGCGCGCUUCGACUAUACCUACCACGACAACAGUUUCCGAGUAGCCAGCAUCAAACCUGUGAUCGGUGAAACACCUCUCCCAGUCGACUUGUACCGUUACGAUGAGAUCUCUGGGAAAGUCGAGCACUUUGGCAAGUUCGGCAUCAUCUACUACGACAUCAACCAGAUCAUCACCACGGCCGUCAUGACGCUCAGCAAGCACUUCGACGCGCAUGGCCGCAUCAAGGAAGUCCAGUACGAGAUCUUCCGUUCGCUCAUGUACUGGAUGACGGUGCAGUACGACAGCAUGGGCCGGGUCAUCAAGCGUGAACUGAAAAUUGGCGCCUACGCCAACACCACACAGUACCGCUACGAGUACGACGGAGAUGGCCAGCUGGUGGCAGUCAAAGUUGGCGACUGGUUCACCUGGCGCUACAGCUAUGACCUGAACGGCAACCUGCACCUCCUGAAUCCAGGAAACAGCUUCCGCCUGCUACCGCUACGCUACGACCUCCGCGACCGGCUAACCCGUCUCGGCGACAUGCAGUACCGCUUGGACGAGGACGGCGUGCUGUGCCAGCGCGGCACGGACGUCUUCGAGUACAACUCCAACGGGCUCCUGGAACGCGCCUACCGACGGCUAGCCGAGGGCUGGAGCGUGCGCUACCGCUACGACGGGCUCGGUCGACGCGUUUCCAGGAAAACCGACACGGGCCAGCACCAGCAGUACUUCUACGCCGACCUGAACUACCCGGCGCGCGUCACGCACAUCUACAACCACACGGGCGGAGAGAUCACCACGUUCUACUACGAUCUGCAGGGCCACCUCUUUGCCAUGGAGGUGAGCAGUGGGGAGGAAUACUACAUCGCAUCAGACAACACCGGCACACCGCUCGCCGUCUUCAGCAGCAACGGCCAGAUGGUGAAGCAGCUGCAGUACACGGCCUACGGGGAGGUGUACUUCGACUCCAACCCAGACUUCCAUCUGGCCAUAGGCUUCCACGGCGGCCUCUACGACCCGCUCACCAAGCUGGUGCACUUCGCGCAGAGGGACUUUGACACGAUGGCGGGACGCUGGACUGCGCCGGACCACGCGCUCUGGCCCAAGAUCGGGAAGGAGCCGGCGCCUUUCAACCUCUACGCCUUCAAGAACAACAACCCCCUCAGCGAUAUGAUUGACGUCAAGAACUAUGUCACAGAUGUGAAGAGCUGGCUGGUGAUGUUUGGCUUCCAGCUCAGCAACAUCAUCCCAGGCUUCCCCCGACACACCAUGUACUUUGUGGACCCUCCCUACGAGCUCCUAGCCAGCCAGGACAGCGACCACUCACGGCUCACCACCGGGGUCCAGCACGCGGCCGAGAGACACAACGAGGCCUUCAUGGCCCUGGAGGGCCGCGUCCUCAACAAGGAGAGGCGGGCACGGCGGGACAAGCCCGGCUACUGGUUCGGGACGCGGGCGCCCAUCGUGGGCCGCGGCAUGAUGCUGGCGGUGCGUGACGGCCACGUGCUGAGCGGUGUGUCGGGAGGCGUGGCUAGCGAGGACGGCCGCAAGAUUGCGCAGGUGCUCAACAACGCUGUGUACCUGCAGGGGGCGCACUACACCAUCGAGGGCCGCGACUGCCACUUCUUCGUCAAGCUGGGGCUGGCGGACGCGGACCUGGCGUCGCUGGGGCUGAGCAGCAGCGGGCGCAGGGCGCUGGAGGGCGGCGUCAACGUCACGGUGAGCGGGCGCUCGCGGCGCGGCGUUACCGUGGAGAUCCACACCACGGCGCUAUCGUUUAGCGUCCGCUACGGGCUGACGGCAGACGUGCUGGAUAAGGAGCGCGCGAGGCUGUUGGAGCAGGCCCACCAGAGGGCGCUAGCGGGGGCCUGGGCACGGGAGCUGAGGCAGGUACAGGAGGGCAGGAGAGGGGAGCGCACCUGGACCGAGGCAGAGAAGCAGCAGCUGCUGGCGGUGGGGAAGGUGCCCGGGUACGACGGCUACUACGUCUUACCCGUGGAGCAGUACCCGCAGCUGGCAGACAGCAGUACCAACAUCCAGUUCCUCAAGCAGACCGAGAUGGGAAAGAGGUAACACAGCGGAGGUGGCUACGGAGCUUUCGCGCUCUCUCUCUCUUGCUCGGUGGUCCUUUGCCAAGGACAGCUUUGGAUGGAGCAACUUGGACAACUCGAGCUCAAUAUUGCAGCAGCUGUGACAGAGACUUGAAAUUGUAGGGAUUUUUUUCAGUGAAUUUCAGUAAAAAAUACUGGCAGAACAUUGUUUAAAAUUAGGCCAGUUUUGACCAUACAUUUCCAAACGCACCCCACAAAAAGUGAAAGACAAAAACGGCUUAAAAAAAACUUGUAAUAAUUCCACUCAUCGAUGGGAUAUGGGGUGCGUGCGUGUGACCAAACGGGGCAUAGAGUGCAGUGUUGAUAUUUAUGCCUCUGCCAUCUUACAAACAUUAUUCCUCUGGACUUUGAGGAGUUAAUACUUUUAAAAAAAGACAACUGUUGGUGUGCCCCAAAGGAUAGUGACUCCUUUUUAUGAUUACCAUUAUGAUAUCCUUUUUAGGAUCUCACCUUUAAAGGGACCUCAACCUGAAAGCGGAGAUUUCAAUUCAUACACAGAAGCAGAGGGACCAGACAUGGUUUUCACGGAGUCGUCAUGUGUGUGUGUGUGUGUGUGUGCAUCUGUGUGUGCUGACUUCAAAGAUGACUUCAAAGAUGACAGAACUUGUAUAUGAGGCUGGAACACUGCAGAGCUCCCCACUAUGUAUUUGCACUACUUGACAAUCAUGAGGAGGUCGCAAACAUUCAUGAGAGAUGACUGUGAAUUAUGGCACCCUGUAAGGGCCAAAUGUUUUUUUUAUGUAAAAUAUGUAAAAAGAGUGAGUUUUUUUUCUAAACAGGAGAAGGAGACGCUGGUUCAAAGAGGAGAAAAAAAAGUGGGGGAAAAAAAUCAAGUCUGUGUUGUCGCCAUUGUUUAUACUUCAGAUGAAGUCUUUUGAAACUGUGAAACACAUAUGGAGUGGACUGUGGACAUGUAAAACACUAACAUUGUUUAGCACUGUAGAAGCAUCAUGCAGAUCUCAGACCUGUACAAUUUCUGCAAGAAGAAAGUGGCUUUUUUCGUGGUGUGUUGUGACGAGUCAUAGAAAGAGCUACUGCUUAGUCAUUUCCAUGUUGUAAGCCCCGCCGGGAAGACAUUAAUUUAAUAAUUUAAAAAAUAUCUCAGAGCAUCGUUUUAAUAAUCAUUUUCACGAUUUCAAGUCUUUAAUCGUUUCUGCCCCCAAAAACAUUCUCUGUUGGUGUUUUUUGGAACUGGAGCAGGCACACACUUCAGGACUGGGGAUGGCCCGACGCUUUUCUCUAAA